AUGGGAAGCAGUAAUAGACAUCAUGCAGACUACUCAAACUUCAGUGCGUCCGAUAGGUCCGAGGCACUGAUAUACAUGAUAGAAUCCUACCAGGCCCUAGCAGAACACCAGGAUAAUAUGGUGUGCAACUUGGCGAAUGCUUCAUCGCUCCUUUGGCAUGUAUACCGGAACCUGAAUGUAAAGGUUAACUGGGCGGGGUUCUACAUUACAGAGAAAGACGAUCCAAACAUGCUACUUUUGGGGCCUUUCCAGGGAAAAGUUGCGUGCCAACGCAUCCAAUUUGGGAGAGGUGUAUGCGGUACCGCUGCGCUAACGCAAGAGGUACAAGUUGUCCCCGAUGUUACCGUUUACCCAGGUCAUAUUGCAUGCGACGGUGAUACGAAGAGUGAAAUGGUAGUGCCUAUCUUACAGGACAACAGAACUGUCGCCAUUAUGGACCUGGACUGUUCGGAACAUAAUGGAUUCACUGAUUUGGACAAGAAGUAUCUUGAGAAACUUGCUCAAGAAAUUAGUCGCACUUGUAAGUUUUAA